CAAAUUGAAACCGCCCUCGGAAAUGAUGGCGCUCACUUCCUUAUCCCCACACCCGCCGCGCGCGGCCUCGUCGCCGGCCACGCCUCCUCGCCGCCGGCCGCCGCCGCCUCAAGUCACCUCUCCUCCGCCCCGCGGCCGUGCCCGCCCCGCCGCUUCCGCCGCCGCCGUCAAGUCCGGCGGCACCGGCGACGACUACCACUCGACCAUCCGCUCCCUCAACUCGGGCGGCCGCCGCCUCGUGCCCCGCAAGUCCCUCGGCCAGGUCCGUCUGUCCAGCCACCCUCUCUCCCCGCCUUUCAUGGAACCCCCAAAAUCCCUCCAUUGUUUGUUUAUCGCUGCCUGUUUGGCCUCUCCGUGCUGUACCUGUGUGUGUUGCGCGCAGAACUACAUGCUGAACGCGAGGGUGAACGAGGAGCUGGUGGCGGCGGCGGGGGUGGAGGAAGGGGACGUCGUGCUGGAGAUAGGCCCCGGGACGGGCUCGCUCACCGCCGCGCUGCUCGCGGCCGGCGCCACCGUCGUCGCCGUCGAGAAGGAUAAGCAAAUGGCUGCCCUUGUGAAAGAUAGGUUUGGAUCCACAGAGCAACUCAAGAUCAUUGAAGAAGAUAUCACAAAAUUUCAUGUCAACUCCCAUUUUCUCCCCAUCCUGGAGGAGAAAUCCCAUUGCACCAAAAAAUAUGCCAAGGUUGUGUCAAACUUACCGUUUAAUGUCAGCACUGAAGUUGUCAAACAAAUUCUCCCAAUGGGCGAUGUUUUCUCUGUCAUGGUGCUUAUGCUUCAGGAUGAAACAGCACUGCGCCUUGCAAAUGCUUCGAUACAAACACCAGAGUACCGACCUAUCAAUGUGUUUGUGAAUUUCUACUCUGAACCUGAAUACAAGUUCAAAGUCGAGAGGGCAAAUUUUUUCCCUCAACCGAAGGUUGAUGGUGGUGUUAUAAGCUUCAAAUUAAAGAAUGCUGGGGAGUAUCCGCCUGUUGGUUCUAACAAAAGUUUCUUUUCAAUGGUGAACUCUGCGUUCAAUGGGAAGCGCAAGAUGCUACGUAAAUCACUUCAACACCUAUGUUCUUCUGCUGAGAUCGAGGCCGCGCUUAGCAAUAUUGGUCUUCCGGCUACAGCUAGACCGUCCGAUCUGAUGAUGGAUGAUUUCGUGAGAUUGCACAAUCGCCUGGCAAAAGUAUAACCUCCUGGCGCCUUUGAAGUGCCUACAGAAUCAUUUUGUUGGUUUCCAUCUGCAGUUCUGCACGGAGCAUGCUGCUGAACCGAUUUGGUCCCCAGCUAGAGUACACACUGCAGCUUGCAGGUCAACCAUACGCAGAACAGAUGGCAAGUGCGCGUUGGCUCAAGAUCUUGUUCCUUAAUCUGAGAUUACAGAUAAUUCUCCUGAUCAUUUCAGAUCCUUCUUGCGCGGACAGUUACCGGCUAGUAUUUGCCAGCGGUGUCAUGGCCUUGAGCUGCAACAACUAGUGCUGGUGUCUGCAUGGAUGAUCAUGGCGAUUGUGCUCCAAGUUCAGAAGCAAUAGUGAUAUGCAUGUCAUGAUUUGGUUGGUUCCCACAAGAAUCACGUUUUUUAUCCCUGUUGAGCAAAAGAAGGAAGAUCCAAAGGAAUUUCAUCUGUACAAUUUGCUAGAACCAUGAACCAUCUGUCACUUGUACCAAUCUUCGCAGACUGGAGUGUCAAAGAAAUUAUCUUCAGACCGGAUCGAAGGCAGCAAUGUAAAGACUAGGGCAAAGAUGUUAGCUCAGCCACCCAUAUUGUAAAACUCCCAAUGAUACUUCUCAUAUUUUUGUGUGUUGGCAUAGAUGAGUACUAGAUUGAUAGAUAUUAUGACAUUUAUUAUUAUGUGCCUGGAAGCUGACACGUGUCGCUAUGACAUGCCUGGCAAAUGUUGACUGGCACACAUUGAUGUUGUUUUUUGAGCAAUCACAUUGCUGUUCUUUC